AUGAGGCUGGACAGUCUUACCAGGCUGAAGCAGUUGGAAUUGAGGAGAUGUGAGCAACUGAAGGAAGUCCCUCAGGCUCUGCCACUCAGCCUCCAGGCGCUAUCCUAUGACGGCAACCAGCAGCUGGUGUCUUGGCCAGGCGUAUCAACACUCACACAGCUGAGGAAGCUGUGCUUGGGCACUGUGGGUGCAACCUGUCUUGAGGCCAUCAGCAGACGCCUAAAUGGUCUGGAGCACCUAGAGCUCACGUUGGGAGAUGAUGCCGAGGAGUCUCUGUCCGCGUUGGCAAGGCUCUCUCGCCUCCGCACCUUGACACUCGACGGGGCUCGUAGCAUAAAUAAGCUGGUGGGGUCUGAGGGCUUGACAUUGCAGGAGCUACGGCAGCUGAACAUCCACACUUGGCGUGAUGAACUCACAGAGCUGCCUGCAGCCAUCACCACUCUCCACCGCCUCACAUCCAUUCGAGUAGAAGCGCACAACUUAUCUUCUCUUCCGGACGCCAUUGGGGCAUUGUCAAGAUUGCGCAGGCUGGACUUAUCCGACUGCUCAUCCCUCACGCAUCUCCCUGAUUCCCUCACGCAGCUCUCCUGCCUGCAUGAGCUGGAUCUCAGCUGCACCGGCAUCUGGCUGCUUCCUCCUGGCUUUACUCAGCUUAGCAGACUAAGGAAUGUCAAGCUUGGCCUUUUCAUCCCACCCAUGCCUUUUCAUCCCACCUAUGCCUUUUCAUCCCACCUAUGCCUUUUCAUCCCACCUAUGCCUUUUCAUCCCACCCAUGCCUUUUCAUCCCACCCAUGCCUUUUCAUCCCACCCAUUCCUUUUCAUCCCACCCAUGCCUUUUCAUCUCACCUAUGCCUUUUCAUCCCACCCAUGCCUUUUCAUCUCACCCAUGCCUUUUCAUCCCACCUAUGCCUUUUCAUCCCACCUAUGCCUUUUCAUCCCACCCAUGCCUUUUCAUCCCACCCAUGCCCUUUCAUCCCACCCAUGCCUUUUCAUCCCACCCAUGCCUUUUCAUCCCACCUAUGCUUUUUCAUCCCACCUAUGCCUUUUCAUCCCACCCAUGCCUUUUCAUCCCACCUAUGCCUUUUCAUCCCACCCAUGCCUUUUCAUCCCACCCAUGCCCUUUCAUCCCACCUAUGCCUUUUUAUCCCACCCAUGCCUUUUCAUCCCACCUAUGCCUUUUCAUCCCACCCAUGCCUUUUCAUCCCACCCAUGACUUUUCAUCCCACCCAUGCCUUUGACAUGCGCUGGCAGACCAUCUACUGUGCUGCUCGCUAUGCUGUGGCUCAGGCAUUCAAGCACAUUCAAGCACAGGGCAUUCAGACAAAGGGCAUUCAGGCACAGGGCAUUCAGACAAAGGGCAUUCAGGCACAGGGCAUUCAGGCACAGGGCAUUCAAGCACAGGGCAUUCAAGCACAGGGCAUUCAGGCACAGGGCAUUCAAGCACAGGGCAUUCAGGCACAGGGCAUUCAAGCACAGGGCAUUCAAGCACAGGACAUUCAAGCACAGGGCAUUCAAGCACAGGGCAUUCAAGCACAGGGCAUUCAAGCACAGGGCAUUCAAGCACAGGGCAUUCAAGCACAGGGCAUUCAAGCACAGGGCAUUCAAGCACAGGGCAUUCAAGCACAGGGCAUUCAAGCACAGGGCAUUCAAGCACAGGGCAUUCAAGCACAGGGCAUUCAAGCACAGGGCAUUCAAGCACAGGGCAUUCAAGCACAGGGCAUUCAAGCACAGGGCAUUCAAGCACAGGGCAUUCAAGCACAGGGCAUUCAAGCACAGGGCAUUCAAGCACAGGGCAUUCAAGCACAGGGCAUUCAAGCACAGGGCAUUCAAGCACAGGGCAUUCAAGCACAGGGCAUUCAAGCACAGGGCAUUCAAGCACAGGGCAUUCAAGCACAGGGCAUUCAAGCACAGGGCAUUCAAGCACAGGGCAUUCAAGCACAGGGCAUUCAAGCACAGGGCAUUCAAGCACAGGGCAUUCAAGCACAGGGCAUUCAAGCACAGGGCAUUCAAGCACAGGGCAUUCAAGCACAGGGCAUUCAGGCUCUUGUGGGUCAACCUUGA